AUGACAGUAGAAUGGAGUAGGAGAGGUCGGAUCUCCUCUUCUGGUGAUGGUCAUGCAACCGAACAUCAGGGAGCUAGGCAAUUUACACUCGAAGAACUGAGCCAGGCUACAAAGAGUUUUGAUGAGUGCAAUCUUGUCGGCAGUGGUAGCUUCGGAUUGGUGUACAAGGGUUUGCUUCUUGAUGGUACUAUUGUAGCGAUUAAAAUGCGUCGAGGUGCUCCACAACCAGAAUUUGUGGAAGAGGUUAAAAAACUAUCGGAGAUCUGCCAUCGUAAUCUUGUUAGUCUUAUUGGUUAUUGUCAGGAAGGUGGUCUCCAAAUGCUAGUCUUCGAAUAUUUGCCUAAUGGAAGCAUCAGCCGUCAUCUAUAUGAUACUGGCCGAGAUCAAGUGAUAAGACUAGAAUUUAAACAGAGGCUCUCCAUAGCUAUAGGAACUGCUAAAGGUUUAGCCCAUCUGCAUAGUCUUGUACCUCAAGUAGUACACAAGGACUUCAAAUCAAGCAAUGUCUUGGUUGAUGAAAACUUCAUUGCAAAGGUAGCAGAUGCAGGUGUAGCUAAAUUACUUCAAAGACUUGAUGAUGCUGGCCGAUCUUGGUCAUCUGGUGGCAAUGUCUUCCAGGAUCCAGAGGUUGAAGAAUUUGGUGCUCUUUCUGAAGCCAGUGAUGUGUACAGUUUCGGUGUAUUUCUUUUGGAACUCAUAACUGGUCAAGAAGUUGCACAUCUUUUCUCUCCAGAAUCAGAAGAAAGCUUGGCCCAGUGGGUAAUGUAG